AUUAGGUUUAUUCUUGUACAAAAUAGACAGGGAAAAACUAGACUGUCUAAAUGGUAUACACCGUUUGAAGACGAUGAGAAGCUAAAGCUCAAGGCAGAGGUGCAUCGACUGGUCGCAUCCAGGGACCAAAAAUACCAGUCCAAUUUCGUCGAAUUUAGAAACUACAAGAUUGUAUAUAGGAGAUAUGCUGGACUGUUUUUUUGUUUUUGUGUCGACACCAAUGAUAAUGAGCUGGCUUGUCUUGAGGCGAUCCAUUUCUUUGUCGAGGUUUUGGAUACGUUUUUCAAGAGUGUGUGCGAGUUGGAUCUGGUUUUCAAUUUUUAUAGAGUCUAUGCAAUCUUGGACGAGGUGUUCCUUGGCGGCGAGAUUCAAGAGAUAUGGCAAGUUGACGCUCAUUCUUUUGUAUUGGACAGAUGGGCUAACUCGAUACAUUUGACACUAUUUACUUUUGCAGCAAACCUGUUAUUCUACAACGAUUGGAAAUGCUAG